UUGAUUGUAUACACCUGUGUCCAUGGAGGGGAUUGGAACACCUGAAUCACAUGAUAUGGAGGGGAUUGGAACACCUGAAUCACAUGAUAUGGAGGGGAUUGGAACACCUGAAUCACAUGAUAUGGAGGGGAUUGAAACACCUGAAUCACAUGAUUGGAGGGGAUUGGAACACCUGAAUCACAUGAUUGAGAGGGGAUUGGAACACCUGAAUCACAUGAUUGGGAGGAGAUUGGAACACCUGAAUCACAUGAUUGGGAGGGGAUUGGAGCACCUGAAUCACAUGAUUGGAGGGGAUUGGAACACCUGAAUCACAUGAUAUGGAGGGGAUUGGAACACCUGAAUCACAUGAUUGGGAGGGUUGGCCCAAUACUUCGGGGAAUAUAGUAUAUGUGU